GUAUUCAGACAAAUUAUAAUUGUAUUGUAUUACUGACUUAGUCAUAAAUGUCAAAAAUAUUUUCCAGUUAGUACUGUUUUUGUUGAUAAAUAUUCUGAAUUUGAUAAUAUAACGUUUUUCCAUUAAAAGAUCGUAAAUUAUAAUUUUUUGUGAUUUGUAAACGCUAAUAAUGGCUCCCUCCCAAGACAACAAUAGCGAAAUAAGCGAGAAAGAUAUUGUAGAGAAGGAAAACUUAUGGUCAUCCAUUCUUAAUGAUGUAAGAGAUCAUGGUAAUAACAAGCUACCCUCUUGUAAGCAAGUCCUAGUUUUGGGAGAUAAUGAAUCUGGAAAAACUACUUUAGUAGCCAAACUUCAAGGUGCAGAAAAUCCAAAGAAAGGUUCAGGAUUGGAAUAUGCUUACAUUGAUGUUAGAGAUGAUUACAGAGAUGAUCAUACAAGAUUAAGUGUAUGGGUGUUAGAUGGGGAUCCUGGUCAUACAGGAUUGUUGAAAUUUGCAUUAAAUGAAGAGACAUUUCCACAUACUUUAGUCAUCCUUACAGUAACAAUGACUGCUCCUUGGGGAAUUCUAGAGCAGCUGCAACAUUGGGCAUCAGUUUUAGCUGAUCAUCUUGAUAAGUUAAAGUUAGACUUAGACACAAGACAAGCACGAAGGCAACAUAUUGUUAGAAUAUGGCAAGAGUAUGUGGAGCCUGGUGAUGAAUUAGAUCCUGCUUCUCCCAUGAAAAGGAGUUCAAGAAAUCUUGGUGAAAGUGAUCAUGAUAAUGAAUUGGGAGAGGGUCUCCCACUACCUGAAGGAACUCUCACUAGUAAUCUCGGAUUAGACAUAGUAGUGGUUGUUACAAAAACUGACUACAUACAAACAUUGGAAAAAGAGCAUGAUUAUAGAGAUGAGCACCUGGAUUUUAUGCAGCAAUGGAUAAGACGUUUUUGCCUUCAGUAUGGAGCAGCAUUAUUUUAUACAAGUGCAAAGGAAGACAAAAAUUGUGAUUUAUUGUAUAAAUAUCUUACUCAUCGUAUUUACGGCCUUCCAUUUAGGACUCCAGCCCUAGUAGUUGAAAAAGAUGCAGUAUUCAUACCUUCUGGUUGGGAUAAUAUGAAGAAAAUCAGUAUUUUGCAUGAAAAUAUGCAUACGUGCAAGCCAGACGAUUAUUAUAGAGAUAUAAUUGUACAGCCAGUAACUAGAAAGACUGUGAGUCGGGAUUCUGAAAUUUUGGCUGAAGAUGAGCAAGGAUUUUUAACACGUCAACUACAAAUUCUUUUAGCAGGUGGUGGCUUGGCCCCACCGUCUGUAAGACCCGGUGAAUCUCCAAUCCGUUCCACAGCUUUAGGAAAAGGCACACCAAGAUCUCCAGUCACACCUGGCAUGCAAAACUCUCCAAAAAAGUUGGAUGGAUCAAAGGUGGUCAAUUCUCCCGGUGGAGAAGGAGUACUUGCAAAUUUUUUCAACUCCUUAUUGCAUAAGAAAACCGUUGGCAGUCCUGCAAGUCCAAUAGCUGCGGGAAUAGCUAAAGCAGGUGUUAAUCCUGAACUAACUCCUGAUAAAGCCGCUAUGCGUUCAGACGCAGCAGCAGAAUUAGAUCGACUUGCUCGUGGAAGAAAGCCGUCUAAUGGAGGAAAUGGAGUAGAUUUUAACACCACCGAUUGUUAAAUUAAUGAAUUAAUGCAAUUUAUUAGGCACAUCUACAUUGCACUUCCAUUAUUACAAUUUUAGCUAAUUUAUGUUUAUAUUUUUGUAGUAACUCUGUGAUACGUUUUGAAAGCUUUCAACAUUUUUUAAAUUAUGUUGUGUUGUAACACUUUUUAUAACUUAUUUUGCUUUGAUGAAUAAAAUAACUUGUUUAAUUCAA